AUGUUAGAGGAAGCUUCAGUUAAUGAAACAAUUGGUUUUAUGUUGCCUUCAUCGAGCAAUGUGCGUCUACAGUCAGAGGAGGAAAUCACGAAGAAGCUUCAGCAAAUGCGUCAGCAAAUUUCAUCUUCCAGCUGUCUGCAGACACUGAAGACGGAAAUUGACGCUGCCAUCGAGGUUCUCAACCUGGCAGCUGAUAAUGCUUUGCUGAGGGCUAAUGGUCGUCUUACUCUUAUUGCAAAACAGGAAACUGCCGACCUUGAGAAAGUUGCUCGCAAAGUUGUGGAAUACAGUGAGAAGUUCAAACGGUUAGAACGAGACUCAGAACAUAUUCGUGGAUGUGGGUUGUCGGCAAGACUUAAGUCAACGCGUUUGGUCUACGCUACCUCAGAUGAUGUUGAUGAGGACUGGCGCAGGGAUGCGUUGAGGCCGUUUUCAGUUGAGAAGGGCGGAGUUGUGGUGCCAUGGUCAGAAGAAGCUGCUGGCAACCAAACUGCUGAUUUGGCAGGGUGGUUGAAAGAAUCGAGUGCUACAGCCAAAGAGAAUCACGGCGUCGAUGCAUCACUUCAUCGUGGUAAUGUUGAUACUGGAUACCGCGUGUUCUUCACGGGCAUGAAGGCCAACAUAAAGGAGCCCGAUUUACGAGAAGCCUUCUCUGUGUUUGGACACGUUGGUGAGAUUCAGCGAUUUCUCCUACCGGAUGGAGUGCACACGAGUGGCCAGGGUUUCGUAACCCUCGACUCGUUGUCUGCAGCCAAUUCGGCGUUGGCAGCUUCACCUAUUUCCAUCCGCACCUCUCGAAUCAUAAUGUCACGCUUGGAAGCCCUAAAAGAGCCAACGUUAACGGUGGCUGUGCGCCGACGAAGGAGAAAAGACGAGGCGGCGUGUUCAAGAGAAACGGCUGGAGCGCAAGUUACUAAGUCGACUGGUUGUUCAAGGGAAGCGAGUUCGCCAGCCAAACGUGGUCGCCUGACCUUUCCGGCUGAAGCUCCAAGUAAAAUGCCGAUGAUUGUUCAGAAACGGCCUAACAUGCUACCGCCUCCUUUACCUCCGCCUCCACUCAAAAAAAUCGGCACAUCACUUCAGAGUUGCGAGGAUGAAAUCAGGUACCGCGUGUUCUUCAAGAGCCUGGAGGCAAACAUCGUCGAACCCAAAUUAAGAAAUGCAUUCUCUGUGUUUGGACACGUUGGCGAGAUCCGUCGCUUUCUCCUACCGGAUGGAGUGCACGCCAGCGGGGAGGGUUUCGUAACCUUCGACUCGUUGACUGCAGCCAAGUCGGCGUUAGCCGCUUCACGGAUUUUCAUUGGCGCCGCUAGGAUUAAGAUGUUACGCAUGGAAAAAUCAAAACUGACGAAGUUGUACUGCGUCAAAUUCGUGGGCGCAGGAAAGGACGUCUUGUUGCUUGACCUCUUUUUCGCAUUCAUCCAGUUUGGCCGCAUUGUGGACAUACACCAAGAGUCCCUUGUGGAAGGGAACUCAGCAAGUGGAGGCGGCUACGUAGCAUUCGACCUCUUCAAAUCCGCUUGGGCUGCUCUCGCUGCAGAUCCCAUCCAGAUUAGCUCCUCGACUCUCACUCUAACGCUGCGGUGUCCUACCAAUCUUCCAGAUCCUCGAAAGUGCUACCCAGUUGUUUUCGAUGGUGUUCGCGAAGGCACUUCUUUGGACCAGCUGAAAGAGCACUUUGGCCACUACGGGCCUGUCGCGAGAGUUGUCGACUGCGGUGUUGGAAAAGCACUGUGCGACUACAGUGACAUAACCAGUGCCAUUGUCGCGAGUUUGAAGAAGGUUCAUCAAGUCGGCGCCGCAGUCUUGCAUCCAAUAAGAAUGUUAGAGGAAGCUUCAGUUAAUGGAACAACUGGUUGUCUGUUGCCUUCAUCGAACAAUGUGCGUCUACAGUCAGAGGAGGAAAUCGCAAAGAAGCUUCAGCAAAUGCGUCAGCAAAUUUCAUCUUCCAGCCGUCUGCAGACACUGAAGACGGAAAUUGACGCUGCCACCAAGGACCUUAACCUGGCAGCUGAUAAUGCUUUGCUGAGGGCUAAUGAUCAUCUCACUCUUAUUAAAAAACAGGAAACUGUCACCCUCGAGAAAGCUGCACGCAAAUUAUUUGAAUGCUGGGAGGAAUUCAAACAGCUGGAACAAGACUCGGCACAUAUUCGUGGAUGUGGGAAAUUGGCGAUUCUUCUCAAAUACAGACAAAGGGCGAGGGCCCUGAUUGAAGGAGUGCAAGAAAUAGAAAACCUCACCACCGGCUUCGCAUCACCUCUCCGAUUGGUGUCGGUGUCUAAUGUAUUUAAGAUAUUGUCAGAAAGACUCAAGUCAACCCGUUUGCUCUAUGCUACCUCAAUCCUUACCGAAUCAGAUGAUGUUGAUGAGGGCUGGCGCAGGGAUGCGUUGAGGUCGGUUUCAGUUGAGAAGAGCGGAGUUGUGGUGCCAUGUUUAAAGGAAGCUGCUGGCAACCAAGCUGCUGAUUUGGCAGGGUGGUUGAAAGAAACGAGUGCCACAGCUAAAGAGAAGUAA